AUGGAUCCUCCACAACCACCAAAUAGUACUUCUACUUCUACAUCUACUUCGUCUACAUUAAAUACAUCAAAUGGAUUAAGUAAUAGUAAAUCAUCUGAAGAUAUAUUUACACAAGGAAAGAGAGGACCAACAUACCCAACCUUUACCAUUAAAGCAUCCAACACUACACCCAAUGGAAGCAUAAAUAAUAGUCCUACACUCAGUCCAACACAAAGUGGACAGGUAGGAUCUCCCAACUCUGUAUCAACGUCAUUAUCCUUUUCCUCAUCGACCUCUUCUUCACAAUCUCCCUCCCUCACCUCAUCCACCACUAGCACAGCCACCGCAUCUUCCCUGGCAGCUGCUCAACAAACACCAGAGAUUCGUGUAAGAAAUCAUCAUGAUUUUAAACCAUAUCGUUCUUCUUCUCCAUGUGUUUUCUGUGGUGAACAAAUGAAUAAGAUUUGGAAUCCUUUUACUAGUCAUUCUUAUAAAUGUUCAUGUUGCGGAAUUGUAUGUCAUAAAAAAUGUUUAGAUUUAAUGAAUACGAUAUCAUGUUCAAAUAAUAAAUUACAUAAAAAGACAUCAACAUUGACAGUAUCACAACAAAAUCAAAAUAAUCUAUCAUCAUCAUCGAAUACAAUUGGUAGUAAUUCAGAUCCAUUGUCACUAUCAAGAAGUAGUAGUGCAGCAGAAUUAAAUUUACAACCAAAUCAGGGAAAUACAAUAGCAGUGCCAACUUCAUCGUUGGCAAUGCCCAAUCAAAUGCCCGACGAAAAGGUGAUUGAUUCCAUGUUUGAAUCGUUGGCCAAGGAACGUGAACUAUCGUUCCCAAGCAAUUUCAAGUGGACCAAAGAGACAAAAUGGUUGUUGCUCGUGCAACAUGGCAAGCUCAGAAAGGAGGGUGCAUCGGCAAGUGGCAGCACUUCUGGUGGCGAAGACCACUCUGCGCCCGAAUACUUUAUAAAAUCACUACAAAGCAAUGCUACACAGGAACUAUUCCUCUCGUUGCACGUCAACUUGCGUACCAAGACAAUUGCAUGGUUGGCCAAGUUUAUCGAGAUGGAAGGUAUCGCACUCAUCUUUGCACUACUCAACAACAAAAAGAAAGAGUAUCGUGAAGAGUGUGUACGUAGUAUUGCCAUCAUUAUGAACAGUCCACUCGGUCUAAAGGCAGUGACGAGUGAGCCAGUAUCGGCCAAGCGUUUUGCCAUGGUAUUGGUGACACCCCAAUUCUCACUCAAGGCUCGUGCCAUUGUCAUUGAACUGCUCACCGUCAUGUGUAUGGAAAAGUGGGUGCCAGGUGGCUACUCGAUGGUACUCAAGGCAUUGACCAACCUCAAGGAGAAAAAGAGAUUUACCACAUUUGUCAAAUUCAUAAAGGAAAAUAACUCUCUCGAGAUGAAGACCAAAGCUCUUUGCUUUAUCAAUGUCUUGAUUCACGAGCCAGAAGAGACUAGUGUUCGUGUCAAUAUUCGUAGCGAGUUUUUAAGACUUGGUCUUUAUGAUUAUCUUAAAAUCCUUAAAGCUACCCUGUCGCAAGAGGAUAGUUUACUCAUUCAAAUUGAAAUCUUUGAAGAAAUGAUGGAAGAAGAUAAUCAAGAGAUGGAACAAAAACUUGAAGACUUGAAACGUCAAUUGGGAAUUGAUAUUGACAAUUUGGAUGCUGUUUUCAAGGCUAUCAAACAAACUGCUUCAAAAUCUGGUCUCACCAAAUCAUUAUUGUCGAUUAUGCAAAACUUGCUUGUCAUCAAGAAUGACCAAGAUGGUAUAAAGUAUUGGUUGCUUUGUGAUAGUCUUAUCAAGCAAGUGUCACUCCACCGAUCUGGUUUGGGUGAUAAUAUGGACUUUAAGGGUAUGUUGGCCAAUGUUGACAAUGCCACCAAAGAAGUUACGUUGACAAGAAAGUUGGAGGAAUUGGAGAAACAAAACAUUGACAAGGCAGCCAUCAUUCAAGAAAAAGAUAUAAACAUCAAGGCGUUGCUCGAUAUUGUCAAGCAAAUAAAGGCUGGUGGUGGAGAAGUAUCUCCACAGCUGGCCAAACAAAUAGAGAGUAUCAUGAAGACACUUGAACCUGCCAAACCAGAUAAAAAUGACAAGACCAUACCAGAGGUUGAGGAGCCAGUCACUACGCUCAUUCCACCACCUCCAACUUCAGUCGUAGAGGAACCAGCAACCGAGAGUACCGGCGGCCCACCACCUCCACCACCACCACCAAUGAUGGGAGGACCUGGUGGCCCACCACCUCCACCACCUCCACCCAUGCCAGGUAAAAAGGGACCAGCUCUCAUCAAGACUAGACCACCUCCAGUCGUUCCAAAGCCAGCUCAUCCACUCAAAGCUUUGCAAUGGGUCAAGAUGCAACCAGCCAAGUGUAACGAUUCCGUCUUUAACGUGUUGGGUGAGAUGAAGGACAUCAACUUGCCAUGGAAAGAGAUUGAAUCCGAGUUUGCCGCCAAGAUUAUUGUACGUGAGAAAAAGGUAAACAAGCCAAGAGGACCGGCCAACGUUGUCGACGGAAAGUUGGCACAAAACAUUUCCAUCUUUUUGUCACAAUUCAAGGGCUACAGCAACAAGCAACUGCUAGAUACCAUCCAAAACAUGGACGACAAGAUGAUGAAUCGUGAUCAAGUACGUCAAGUCUCCAAGUUGCUACCAUCCAAGGACGAUAUGGCCGCACUCAAAGAAUUCCUUUCCGCCGAAGAACGUUCCAAGCUCGCCACACCCGACCAAUUUUGUAUCGAUAUGGGUGCAUUUGCCUAUGCCAAUGAAAAGAUCCAACUUUUCAUGUUAAAGGGCGAGUUUUACCAACGCAUGCAAGAGAUGCGUCCACAAGUAGCCGCCGUCUCAUUGGCCUGCGACGAAAUCCUCAAGAGCAAGCGUCUCCAACGUCUCUUUGAGAUUAUCCUCGUGCUGGGCAACUUUAUCAACUUUGGUACCGUUCGUGGUGAACAACCAGCCUACAAGAUUGAUUGUUUGAUCAAGUUGGCCGACACCAAGUCGAGCGAUCUCCAAUCGAAUCUUGUCCACACCCUUGUUAAAUAUUGUACAAACUCUGAAAAGCAACUCCUCACUUUUGCCGACGAACUCCAAUCGUUGAGUGUUGCCAAACGUAUCAUCUGGUCGGGUGUCGUCGCCGACGCUGCUGCAUUGACACGUGACUACAAUGCCUGUAAAGAAAUAGUCGAAAACUUCCAAAAACAAAACAUCCCAUUCCACGAGACUAUGGUCUCGUUCCUCCAAGUGGCUGGAACCGAAAUGGAGAAACUCAAAAAGCUCCAAUUGGCCACUGAAGAAAACUAUAAGAAACUCUGUACAUAUGUUGGUGAAGAACCUGGCAAGGUUACUCCAGACGAAUUGUUUGAAUUGUUUGCACGUUUUAUCGAAAUCUUUGAAACUGCAUCCCAAUUCCUCGCCGAACUCAAAGAACGUGAAGAAAAGGAAGCCAAAAGAGAAGCUCAAAAACAAUUACGUGAUGAAUUAAAGAAAACUUUAAAUUCUAAACCACAAAAUAAUCAAAAUAAUCAAAACAACAACAGUAGUAAUAAUAGUACAGGAAAGAAUGAUCAAGAAGAUGAUAUUGUAAAUGAUUUAUUAUUGGCAGUUAGAGAUGGUGAUGUAUUUAGAAAAGGAAGAAGAAAACAAAAUAGUACAGGUGGAAGUCCAAUUCCAUCAAACGACAGAGAAGAAGUUUCUAAAAAAUUAAGUCAAAUUCUUACAAAUAAUUUAAAUCAACAACAACAACAAAAUCAUUAA